AUGACUCCCCCAGCAUCAAAAUGGUGGCAAGAGCCCAGCGAUGCCGAUCUUGACUAUGGAUUUGAUUCUGACGACCUGGAUACUAGAUAUCACGAACCAGAUCGAGACAACCACGAACAUAACACCAAGAGAAGAGGAACACAGCAUACGGAAGAUAAGGGUGUGAUCGAAAAUAUGUCUUCUUGGCUCCAGCGUCAGGCUGGCUCGUCCCACGGACAGCUUGCGGCUGCGGCUGUUGUGUCGGGCGCAGCUGUCGCAGGUGCCAUUUUCGGAUACCAGUCAUACAAGCGCAAAGGAGCAGUCCAUGACUUGAAGGCUUCGAUCCCAAGUCUCGAUGAUUCACAUCCCGCGCAAGCGCUCACUGAUUUUGGCGCCGCAGCGAGUGGAAUACCGUUGAGCAAGGAAGACGAGCGCAGCGCAGCGUUGGCUCGCAGAGCACAGCAGGGAGACUAUGAUGAUGACCUGAUCCUUGAACAGCUUGCCCGCAACCGUGUAUUCCUAGGUGAUGAGGGACUUGCGAAGCUUCGGUCGUCAUUCGUCGUCGUCGUCGGCUGCGGUGGCGUCGGCUCCCAUGCCGCUGCCUCCCUUGCCCGAUCGGGUGUAUCCAAGAUUCGCCUCAUUGAUUUCGACCAAGUCACACUGUCAUCGCUGAAUCGACACGCUCUUGCAACAUUGGCCGAUGUCGGCACCCCGAAGGUCCAUUGUAUCCGGAGGCGAUUGGAGCAAAUCGCACCGUGGGUCAUGUUCGACUGUCGGAAUGAGCUCUAUGGGAAGGCCGCGUCCGAGGAUCUCCUCGGUCCGUGGUCUUUGACACACGAUGGAGAGGGCCGUCGACCAGACUUCGUGCUAGACUGUAUCGAUAAUAUUACGUCCAAAGUCGAGUUGCUGCACUACUGCCAUUCGAAUUCCUUGCCCGUGAUUUCGUCUAUGGGCGCUGGGUGCAAGUCGGACCCAACUCGCGUAGUGGUCGGCGACAUCUCGCUCAGCACUGAUGACCCUCUGUCUCGCAGUACACGCCGUAGGCUCAAGCUCCUCGGUGUUUCCUCCGGCGUUGCGGCUGUCUUCUCGACAGAGAAACCUGGCCCAGGCAAGGCUACCCUUCUUCCUCUCCCCGAAGCAGAAUUCACCAAGGGUCAGGUUGGGGAACUUGGAGUCCUUCCUGACUUCCGAGCCCGCAUCCUCCCAGUCCUGGGCACUAUGCCUGCUGUCUUUGGUUACACCGUCGCCAACCACGUUAUCUGCACAAUCAGCGGCUACCCGCUUGACUACAAUAUGGGUGCCAAGGGCCGCGAGAAGCUCUACGACACCAUUUUGGGCGCUUUACUAAGCUUGCAUGAGCGAAUGAUCAAAGAAGUCACUGGUCAAGACACAGUGGGCCUCCGACCCCCUCUCAGCAAAGAUGACAUUGCAUUCAUUGUGGAGGAAGUGUACCGCGGGAAGAGUGUUGUCAGUGGCUUGUCUAAUAGACUAGCUCUCGUUCCCUGGCAAACUCCAGCUCACGGUUGGACUAUGGAUCUGACCCUGGAGAAAGAAGGGCAGAAGACUAUCCCGAUGGAGAUCAAUGACUUGGUCUGUAUGACCAAAGAGGAGGCUAUUCGACAUGAGAAAGAAGUGCUCAAGGGUGGCAAGAAGGUGGAAGAUGUGUAUGACGAAGCUGUUCUCCAGCGCAUCAACCUGCGGAGGAGGGAAGCCGAGGAGUAUGACCAGUACCGGGGAUAG